AUGAGUGCACCCCUCACUGCCCCUCAACCAGAUGCCAGCCAUCAAACCCAGGUGGCUAUUGCCAAGGAGGCAAAGCACUACGUCGAUCACCGGCCUCCCUAUCCAGAGUCCAUGUGGAAGCUCUGGACAAACUACCACGCGGGCCCUCUGAACGUUGUCCACGACAUCGGCUCGGGCAGUGGCAACGCCGCCGAAGGCCUCUUGACGCACACGCCAUCGCCUCCCAAGCAUGUUGUCUUGACUGAACCGCAAGCCAAGAACAUCGAAGACUGUCGCAUACGCUUCAGGGACCGGUUCCCUGGGACCGAGUUCUCGUACCGAAACUGUCGCGGGGAAGACCCUUGGGAAGCCCCGGUCGGUGUAGACCACGUCGACUUCGUAAUGGCAUGCGAGUCACUGCACUGGACUAUCCUGGAGCCCACGCUUGACAACGUCGCAAAGAGUCUGCGGGGAAACGGGACCUUUGGGGCCGUCAUUUACGGCCCUUUUCCGGGGAUCACCAAUAACACGAGCGCAAACGCGGCCUUCAAUGCUUUCAUUGGCGAGCAUGCCGCUCAUCUCCUCAAGCAAGAGUGGAUGACCGAGAAUUGGAAGCGCGCCGCUCGUCAAAUGUUUCAUGGCAUGGACUGCGUACCGCUCAGAGACGAAGCUUGGAAGGACGUUAAGCGCAUUGAGAUUAACUGUGAGGAUGGAUGGUAUGCCAAAGACUAUCAGCCCCUUGACGGGACAGCAGAUCCGGUGGGGCAUCUGGGAGUGUCAGAGCGUGUUGCCAUAGAUGACAGCGAAGACUGGAGGAUCUCAGCCUCGGUCGAGUGGCUGAAGCAAUCGCUUGAGUCCAUGCGUUUCGGGUUUACUGAGGAGUCAUGGCAGUCGCCCGAGUGGAAAGAGAUUGAGAAUGAAAUUGGCGAUGGGCCGUUGGAACUCAAAUGGCAGGUUCACAUGAUACUUGCUCGGAAAAGGGCAUGA